AGUGUGAUAGUUGCCAAAACAAAUGAAACUCGAAUUACAUUCAACCAGAUUAGAAUAUUAAUAAUAUAAUGUGCAUUAUUUCAAAAAUAAUCGAAAUUUAUAGAUAACAGUCAACAACAGCGAAUGUUUAAUCAUAUAGGACACAACACAAACGUGGUAAUUUUAACCAAUAACCUGGUUGUACCGUAUAAGACGAAAAAUUGCAACACAUACACACGAGCACGGACGCACGCACACACUCUACCCCGGUAGUACACCAUGGUAGUAGAAAAUAUUAUUAUACUUAAGGCACCCUCUUCGCGGUGCAGCGAGUACGACGGCGACAAUCCGACCGGUGCCGAAGACGAACGAUCGCGGCCGAACGAUCCUCGUGCCGACGCUACGGCCCGGAGACCGCGACCGACCCUCGACCAUUCGGCGUCCGGUUGCGCUGUCGUACCGUCCUUCGCGUAUCGUUACCGUCCUUGCCGCCGGUUUCAGUCGUCUUAUCGUUCGGUCGUGUCACGCGUGUGUCUGUUGUGCGAGUUCAGUGCGUUUCUAGCGUUCGGCCUAGUGUGAACUUGACGAUACAAUUUCAUUGCUUAGUAGUGCGAGUGAAUACGUCGAAAAAAAUUUAAGAAUUGACCUUCCUAUGUAGGAUUUUCCACAGAUUUUUAAACGAGGAAAAACUCGCAGUGUGUGCGAUUCGAGUUUACGCCGUUGUUAUUUAUUCGUCACAAAUUUAUCUAAUAAAUUUAUAUUUUGAAAAAGAGGGGGCCGACUGUUUUAAAUACCCGGUCGACGGGGAAAAUGCGCAAAAGGUGGAUGGCGACCGCCGUCCGGUUGUUGCUGUUUGCGCUUUUGUUUGCCCAACAUGGACCGACCGCGAAGUCGUGGGCUACCGACGACGCGAACGGCUCGGUCGCUGCGUCGCAGUCGGCGGCCGAACACGAGUCCGUCGUCGACAAUUUCUUCGCCGCGUACUUCGAGCAGCCCUGUUGCGUCCGUCCACGGCACGUCAGACACCACAAAAAUCACGUGCGAGAGUUGUCCUGCGGCCGAAUGUACUACAGGACUUUUCACUUGGAUGAAAAUCGUGACACAUUAUACGUCGGUGCCAUGGAUCACGUGUACCGGCUGAACCUGAGCAACAUCAGCCACUCCAGCUGCAAGCAGGAUUCCAUAAAUCUGGAACCGUCAAACAUUAUGAGCUGCACGUCUAAAGGAAAAUCUGAGAAUUUUGAUUGCCGAAACCACAUCCGAGUCAUCCAGUCAAUCGGUGACGGUAGCCGGAUAUACAUUUGCGGCACAAACGCACACAAUCCAAAGGACUACGUGAUCUACUCCAAUCUGACACAUCUUCCCAGGCACGAGUACGUGCCCGGCGUGGGUCUGGGCACGGCCAAAUGUCCGUACGACCCGCUGGACAACUCGACAGCCAUUUGGUCGGAAAAGGGAAAUCCGGGACAAUUGCCGGCUCUGUACAGUGGUACCAACGCCGAGUUCACCAAAGCGGACACAGUUAUUUUCCGGACGGACCUGUACAACUUGACCUCUGGUCGCAAGGAGUUCGCGUUCAAGAGGACGCUCAAAUACGACUCCAACUGGCUCGACAAACCAGACUUUGUGGGCUCCUACGACAUCGGCCAAUACGUAUUCUUCUUCUUCCGCGAGACAGCCGUCGAGUACAUCAACUGCGGCAAGAGCAUAUUUUCCCGCGUGGCCAGAGUGUGCAAGAAGGACACGGGUGGAAAGAGCAUACUUAGCCACAACUGGGCCACGUACCUGAAGGCCCGGCUCAACUGUUCCAUACCCGGAGAAUACCCGUUCUACUUUAACGAAAUACAGAGCAUUUACAAGGUACCGGACGACGAUACACUUUUCUACGGCGUGUUCACCACGUCCACUACUGGUCUGAUGGGAUCGGCCAUAUGUACUUUCCGACUAGAGGACAUCGAUCACGCAUUCGCGGGCCGAUUCAAGGAACAAGCCAGCUCCACGUCGGCUUGGCUCCCGGUACUGUCUACCAAGGUACCGGAACCCAGACCCGGACAGUGCGUCAACGACACGGAGACUUUGCCAGAUUCCGUAUUGAAUUUCAUCCGCAGUCACCCUCUCAUGGACGAGGCGGUGGCUCACAAAGACAACGAACCGGUAUUCUACUUGCGUGACUUGUUCUUCACCCGUCUCGUAGUAGACGUUCUCGAUUACGUCGUGUUCGGAAAUCAUCUGCACUACACCGUCUAUUACGCUGCUACCAACGAAGGCCGCGUUUACAAAGUGGUGCAGUGGUAUAACGAUGAAGGUAUACCUGGAUCUGCUCUUCUGGACAUAUUCGACAUCAUGCCCGGUCUGCCCAUCACGGCGAUGGAAAUAUCCAGAAAGCACAAGGCCCUGUACGUGGCUUCCGACGAGAGCGUCCGACAGAUAUACUUGUCAAUGUGCACUCACCGGUACGACAGCUGUUUGCGGUGCGUCCACGACCCUUACUGUGGAUGGGACAAGCAGACCAAGACCUGCAAACCCUACCAGCCUGGGCUCCUUCAGGACGUGACCAACUCGUCGCGGAGCGUGUGCGAGAGCUCGGUGGUCAACAAGAGGCUAACCGUGACGUUCGGUCAGAGCGUACACCUCAGCUGUUUCGUGAAAAUGCCGCAAGUGCUGAAAGUGUACCCGGUUACCUGGUACCAUCACAGCAAGGAGAAGGGACGGUACAUGGUCUCGUUCAGCCGAGUGGAAAAAUACAUUGCGACCGUCGAAGGUGGCAUGGUGAUCGUCGGAGCAUCGGAAGAGGACGGCGGCCGGUACGACUGUCAGCUGGCCGGCGCCCUUUUGUGCACGUUCAACUUGACGGUGGACGCGCACCGGUGUUCGCCACCGGCCCGGUCGGUGGACUACCAUCGGGUGUACUCGGACUGGUGCCACGAGUUUCAGAAGUACAAGAGCGCAAUGAAAUCUUGGGAGAAAAAACAAGCUCAAUGCAGUAGCUCAAGGCAAAACGAUACCGCGAUCGCCCAGGGUCUCCUGUCAAACGAAUUAAACGCAAGCCCGGCCCUAUAAGGAGGAUACCUAAAGAUAAUAUACGAGGUGCCGCCGAAGCAACCGCCGCCGACACAACCGCCGCCACCACAGCCACCGCAAACACCAGCCCCAUCCCGUGUACACGCUAUAAUAAUAAUAUAUAAUAUUGUAUUAUAAUGUGCGUUAAUGUUAUGAUAUGUCAUCGUCGUGUCCCGCCGCCGCGGAAAAAAAAAGUAAAAAAAAUGUAAUAACAAUAUAUAACACAAUAUAUUGCAAAGGUAAAAACGUCAUCAUAAUAUUAUAGUCGUCGUCGUCGUCAUAGUCGUUAAGUAUAAUAUAGUAUAAGAGGAUUUUUUUUUUAAAUUUAAUGCAGAUUCACGUAUAUAAUAUAUAAUAUAUACACCUGUAAGGUAUAAGUGUUUGUACCUAAUACGCAAUACAGGAAAUGCAUGUAUACGUGUAUACGUAUAAUAUGUUAUAUAUUAUAUAGUGAUGUGUAUAAUGUAUAUUAUGUACUUAUAUAUUAAUAAUUAGAGUUUAAUGUACAGACUGCCUAUAUAAGCUUUAAACUAUAACCGCGACGAGCGACGGCCGAUAUUAUACCAUACCUUUUUUUUAACGAUAUAUACAUAUUUUAUCUACAAUCUUCUGUGAUAAUGUAGCUGUUAGAUUUUUUUUUAAUAAAUAUAUGGAAAUAAUAUGUUAUUAUACUACCCAAUUAGGCAUAAUAUUUUAUAAUAUAAUAGAGUGAGCUUCAUAUUAUUUUUUCAGUUUUAUUUUUUUUACAAUUUUUUUUUUCAAUUUUUUUGCGUGGCUCUUUAUUAUUAUACAUAUAACAGUAAAGUUAUGGUGCUUUGUUAUAGCAAUACACGGUCGUGACGUUUACAAAACAUAACACUAUUCAUUAUAGUGGGUAGGACCUAUAUCAUGAUUAUUACAUUAUUUUUUUGUAUUAUUUUAUUACUAUUAUUAUUAUUAUUAUUAUGAUUAUUAUUAUUACGACUAUUAUUAUUAUUAUUAUUAUGUAUUUAUUUUGACAAUAAGACUCGGUUAUCACUAAGUAUAUUAUUAUUAUCUCCCCCCCACACUCUUAGCGUAAUACAAUCAACUUUGUAUUUUUUAGUUAUAUUAGUUUGUUAAAAGUAUCUCUGUUCACUUAAUUAAAUAAUGUACUUAAAUUAUAUUUAUUUGUAUAAAUUAUUAUUGUUUCCGAUGCGAUUAGAGCCUUAAGCGAGCUCAAUAUAUUUUUAAAAUAAGGUUUGAAAAAAAAAUUACAGUUAGCACCAUACGUAAUUCCAACAAGAGUUGCAUACCUACACUGCGUAGCGUCUAGACCUAGCUAACAGUAACGCUUAGGCACUCCCCAGGCGCUAAAUUUAUUAAAUAAUUAUAUAAAAAUAACAAAAAAAAAAUAACAAAAAAAUUCAAGAAUAAUUUUUAAAAAAUAAUUAAUUUUAACUUGUUCCUUCCCAUUUUUUUAAUUAGCAGUAUUGAAUAAUAUUUCAUCAUGUACAGAAUUUUUUACUUGCAUGAUUUUCAUCUAUUUUAGUUUCAUCGUAGGUACCACUACGUAUUUUCUUCGAAAUUCCAUCCAUUCAAAAAAAAGUAUCUAACCGUAAUAAGCAUACUGCAAGUACGUACAUAUUAUAUAUACUGUUUACGAGUUAUUACUUAUAAGUAUACAUAAUAUAUAUGUAUGUUUACGAUAUUAUAUUAAUUUCACGUUCAUUUUUUUAGAAGCUACGGAUUUUUCUAUACUGUAAAUACAAUUUGUUUAAAUAUACUUGUUAAAUAUAUUUUAUAACUUUAAGACAAGUCAUUGUUGUACA